AUGGAGUUACCGAGCGUCCAAGAAAAUGCGGUAGCGACGCUGGGCGGACGGCGGAACUCCAAGUCGCGAAAGAGCCGUAGGGUGCCGAGUCGAGCACCGUCGACAUCCUCGCUGUCAGAUGAGGCGAGCUCGCUACGAUCCACAGAGCGUAGACGAGGGCGGACUAGCCUUGGAUCGCCGUCACUAUCAACGUUAGAUCAUGAUGAGCAGGGUCCUGUGCGAGCGGGAAUCGAUGUUACGCUCAAACAAAGUGCGACGACGAACUCGGGCGAUAGAGUUCAUUUUGGUGUACCGCCAGCGUCGCCGAUGACGGAGCGAGCCGCAUCCCAGGUACAGGGCGCCUCCAAUGCGCAUGGAGAAGAACUACGUCCUACACAACGCUAUGGGACCGGUCUUAUAUCAGGAGAGCGGUUUCGAGUCCCGGUAACACGAACCAUGGCGGCUCUCGUUUUCGAUGUUAGAAACUGGGGUCCUCUGGAGUUCGUGGUGCACGCCUUGUUCCUGGUCCAGCUCUUUGCGACAUUCUGGGUGUUUCCACGACUGGACCCACUGUGCACCGAUGCGUUGAGCGGCUCCUGCGCGGCUGGUGUCAUUUCCUCUGUGAUGCUCUUUCUCAGUUGGCGACUGGCGUACAACGUAGGGCUUGGCUGGCUCUUGCGUCGGCAGUCCCGUCACGCCGCUAUUACCCAUUGGUGGGCAGGUCUGUCCCCGAAAUGGAAGCGAAUUAUUCGCAGAUGCUUUCGCAGUUCGCUCUUGCCGGAUGAACGGGUAGCGUCGCGAGCUCGCUACGGACCAUCGCCACCUUGGCCAGUUGAUUUCGAAGCCUGGGCCGCUUUCCGAUGUCUUGCGACCAUCGUCUUGGCAAAUGACGGCUGGUCGUACCUGUUGCUCUGCUGCAGAGUGUUCCACUUUCCAUGGAUAGAGCGCUGGUAUGCGAGGCCGGAUGUCUGGCUCUGCUACCUCUUGGGCGUUGCGCUGAUCGCAUUUUCGCUCUGGGCAAAAGCGAGUGCGCAUCGCGUGGUGGGUGACUUUGCCUGGUAUUGGGGCGACUUUUUUUUCAUCAUGGAAGGUGAGCUCACUUUCGAUGGCGUGUUUGAGCUUUUCCCCCAUCCAAUGUACACUGUCGGAUAUACUGCAUACUACGGCUUUAGUUUGAUAUGCCGCUCGUACACUUUGCUGAUUGCGUCGCUCAUCGCACACAUGUCUCAGCUGCUCUUUCUCAUGAGCGUGGAGGAGCCCCAUAUCGAAAAAACAUACGGCCCGAGCGAGAGGGCGCAGAGCCCCUCCUGUGCUGCAGAAAGCGUCUCUCCUGAGCGCAUCUGCACCGUGUCAUGCUGUUCCCGAAACAAAAUCGAAAAGGAAGCUGUGGUCCUGGCGAAUCUGGACCCGUUUCGAAAUUCGGAUCUGUCUCUGCUCAUUAUGGCGUGUAUGACAAUCUUUACGCCGGCCCUAUCGGGAUGGACGCUUACAUCUCGAUACUAUGCAAUGCAGGUCGUUGGCUGGAUGGUCUUCCAUUGGUGUGGUCUCGGCACUGUACUCUAUCUCCAGAGUACUCGGCGCUGGUGGACACGGCAUUUCGAACAGCGAGGCCACUGUGCGGCUGAAGCCUUUCGCCAAUGGCAGCGGACGUUCAACAUGAGCCUUGUGAUGAACCACCUGGUAUUUGUGAUGCUCGCGCUUCACGACGCCCAACCGAUCCGAAUUCCUUCCGUUUGGUCGCUGGUUUCCGGUCGCACUGCGGCGCUCGUCGGCGGGUCUGCUCUUAUCAUCGUGGGAGCGUCGUCUUCUAUUUCCGCAUAUCGGAUUCUCGGAGAUUACGGCUGGUUCUACGGAGACUUUUUUCUCGAACCGUGUGCGUUGUCGAACCAUCAGGGGCCUUGGAAACGACCCGCAUCGGUUGAAGCUUCUCUGCGCCCGUCAUACGCGGGUAUUUAUCGGUAUUUGAACAACCCUGAUUGUGUGCUGGGCUACCUCUGGAUGUACGGGCUGAGUCUAGCCACUGAAAGCUGGCGGGCGUUCUGGUUCGCGGUUUGUUCCCAAGCGCUUCAUGUCUUGUUCUUGGUGCUGGUAGAGGUCCCGCAUAUGCACCGCACGUAUGGGCCGCACUGUCGACGUGCAGCAGCGCUGGAACUGCUCUUACGUCGCCAAGUGCAACGCAUUCGUGACCAGCCGCUGCUUCGGGAGGUAACUUGCAAAGUUGAAGCGCGCGUUGAUGAGCUGCGCGGCCGGCUCCUGCACAAGUAUCGAUAG